CGCGCGCACGCGCAGUGCGGUUGGCGCCGGGCGGGAGCCGCGGCGGGGCAGCGGGCGGAGGAGCGGAGCGGGGCGGAGCGGAGCGGAGCUGAACGGGGCUGGGCCGCGAUGCCGCGGGAGAUCAUCACCCUGCAGCUGGGCCAGUGCGGCAACCAGAUCGGGUUCGAGUUCUGGAAGCAGCUCUGCGCCGAGCACGGCAUCAGCCCCGAGGGCAUCGUGGAGGAGUUCGCCACCGAGGGCACCGACCGCAAGGACGUCUUCUUCUACCAGGCAGAUGAUGAGCACUACAUCCCACGAGCCGUGCUGCUGGACCUGGAGCCCCGAGUUAUCCAUUCCAUCCUGAACUCCCCUUAUGCCAACCUUUACAACCCAGAAAACAUCUACUUGUCUGAGCAUGGCGGGGGAGCCGGGAACAACUGGGCCAGUGGCUUCUCACAGGGAGAAAAAAUCCACGAAGAUAUCUUUGAUAUAAUAGACAGAGAGGCUGAUGGGAGCGACAGCUUGGAAGGCUUUGUGCUUUGCCACUCCAUUGCUGGCGGAACGGGCUCGGGACUGGGCUCGUACCUCCUGGAGAGGCUGAAUGACAGGUAUCCCAAGAAGCUGGUGGAGACGUACUCAGUUUUCCCCAACCAGGAUGAGAUGAGCGACGUUGUGGUCCAGCCCUACAACUCUCUGCUGACACUGAAGAGGCUGACACAGAACGCUGACUGCGUGGUGGUUCUGGACAACACGGCCUUGAACCGCAUCGCGACAGACCGGCUGCACAUCCAGAACCCAUCCUUCUCUCAGAUCAACCAGCUGGUCUCCACCAUCAUGUCUGCCAGCACCACCACGCUCCGGUACCCCGGGUACAUGAACAACGACCUCAUCGGGCUCAUUGCCUCGCUGAUCCCCACACCCCGGCUGCACUUCCUCAUGACGGGCUACACGCCGCUCACCACCGACCAGUCGGUGGCCAGCGUGAGGAAAACCACAGUCCUGGAUGUGAUGAGGCGAUUGCUGCAGCCUAAGAACGUGAUGGUGUCCACAGGGCGAGACAGGCAGACCAACCACUGCUACAUUGCCAUCCUCAACAUCAUCCAGGGGGAGGUGGAUCCCACACAGGUUCACAAGAGCCUGCAGCGGAUCCGGGAGAGGAAACUGGCCAACUUCAUCCCCUGGGGUCCUGCCAGCAUCCAGGUGGCUUUAUCCCGCAAGUCCCCGUACCUACCCUCGGCACACCGUGUCAGCGGCCUCAUGAUGGCAAACCACACCAACAUCUCCUCGCUCUUUGAGCGGACGUGCCGGCAGUACGACAAGCUGCGCAAGCGGGAGGCCUUCCUGGAGCAGUUCCGCAAGGAGGACAUCUUCAAGGACAACUUCGACGAGCUGGACAACUCCCGGGAGAUCGUGCAGCAGCUCAUCGACGAGUACCACGCGGCCACGCGCCCCGACUACAUCUCCUGGGGCACGCAGGAGCAGUGAGCGCCCUGCUGCCGCCGCCUCCACGCACGCCGGCGGGGCUCAGCCCUGCCGUGCCCACGUUUAGCACCCCUCAGCGCUGCCCGGCCGCGGCACCGGCUGCACAC